AUGGAAGGUCGACAGUUCAACACCUUCCCGUCUUGGCUUGUACCUUUCAGUACAGAGAAGGAGCAGCCGGCCAACACCGACUACGCCAUUUGCGAGGACCGUCACGACUAUCCUUUUGCUCAGCAGCCAGCGCCUAAACGAGACCUUCAGUCAUUUACCAUCGGGCCUACAGUUACGCAAGACGUUCAAUUGCUGUCGCAAAGCCGUCUUCCAAGGGUAGAGGCCAUGUUCUAG